ACAUGCAACUGUCAAAAAGUCUGAGACUUUCUUCCAGUUCUUGACAGAUGUUUGGCAGUUGACGUUACGUGAAUAAUUUACGUAAUUAGUUAAUAUUAAAUCAAACAUGUGAUAACAAAUAAUUUAUUCAUUAAAAUGAUUUAUAACAUAUUAUCCAUUAACAGGCGUAUGCACACCAAAUAAUUCAUUUUAUAUAGUUAUAUAACUAAUAUUUAUAAUGUCUACGAUAGCACAACAUAUUGUUAAAGAUUUCAUAAUCAGGUUUACAACACCCGCACAAAUUACUAGUAAACAACUAUCUAGGUAUCUCAGCACAGCGAUCGAUUCAAAAAUUGAUUUUUCAAAUAAUGUCACAAAUAGAACCCCUCUAGAUGUUCUACAAGGGAAAGUCGAUAGUAAUGAAUUAGCUCAUGAUGAAUAUCAAUUUAAAGUGGCUCAAGCUUUACAAAGCUUGCACCACGAAAUCGAAACGUAUCAUGAACCAAAGGCCAAUGUAUUUUCAAGAUUAUUUCAAAAGAAAACAUUGCAAUCUCCAAAGGGUUUAUAUAUUCACGGUGCCGUAGGCGGUGGGAAAACAUUGCUGAUGGACAUAUUUUUUGAAUGUUGUAAGACAGAGAAGAAACGUAGGGUACACUUUCAUUCAUUUAUGUUAGAUGUGCAUAAACAUAUACACGAAUUGAAAUCACAAAUAUCAAGAGAUUCAAGUAGCAGAAAACCACAACCUUUUGAUGCAAUAGCUCCAGUUGCUAAAACAAUUAGUGAUCAGUCGUGGCUGAUUUGUUUUGAUGAAUUUCAAGUUACAGAUAUAGCAGAUGCUAUGAUUCUGAAGACUUUGUUCACAAAACUUUUCCAAAAUGGCAUUGUGAUGGUUGCAACCAGUAAUCGGCCACCAGAUGAUUUAUAUAAGAAUGGCUUACAAAGAGGAAAUUUCUUGCCAUUUAUACCCAUUUUGAAAAAUUACUGUAAUGUUAUAUCAUUGGAUUCUGGAGUGGAUUACAGAACAAAAGGUUUAGGGGGUAAAUCUGAAUGUUAUUUUAUAAAAGGAAACAUGGAAGAAUCUGAUCCUAUUGACAAAAUUUUUAAAUUGCUUUGUUCAAUGGAAAAUGAUAUAAUAAGACCAAGGAUAAUCAAUCAUCAAGGUAGAAAUGUAACUUUCAAUAGAACAUGUGGUCACGUGUUGGAUAGUAACUUUCAAGAACUAUGUGACAGACCCCUGGGUGCAAGUGACUACUUAAGAUUAUCCCAAACAUUUCACACCAUCAUAAUACGUGAUGUACCCCAACUCAAUUUAGAAUUAAAAUCUCAAGCUCGGAGAUUUAUAAAUCUUAUUGACACACUAUAUGAUAAUAGAGUUCGAGUAGUGAUAUCAGCAGACGUGCCACAUAAUGAGUUAUUUAGUAAAAAAGCAUCACCUGAGCAAACAUCCGAUGAACAUCGUCAUUUAAUGGAUGAUCUUGGAAUUUCCAAAGAAUCUGAAAAUGCUGGGGCCAGUAUAUUUACAGGUGAUGAAGAAGUCUUUGCAUUUGAUAGAACCAUUUCUCGCCUCUCACAAAUGCAGUCAAGUGAAUAUUGGCAGAUGUGGGAAAAGCACAGAUAAUUUAUUAAUAUUAUUGUUAAUAAAAGUAUUAUAAAAGUGUUGAUAUUGUACUUACCUAGGUG